AUGGAGUCUCCAAGUCAAUCAGAUCCUGUUAUUACAGUGAUAUCUGCUAGGUAUCGCGCUGCCUGGCCAGAGCUUCGCCCUCUCCCGCUCGUGUGGGCCUCAGAUCCAACAUGGCCUUUCCCCCUUCUCGAAGAACGUAGGUGCGAAAUCGAAAAGACUGUUGCAGGAAUUGUCUGUCGGCUUGGAAUCGAAUACGAAGAAGAUGGCGAUGCAGAAGUCUGGCUCGAGAACCAAUAUAUGGCCUCGCAACCUGACACAUGUGUCCCGACUAUCUGUAUUUAUUCGUCAUGGUCUGUAGACAAGCAGGGCCUUUGGGAGACAGCUGUUCGAGAAAUCGCCCUGGAAUUGUACCACAUGUUCAAAGACUCCGACGUUGCUUAUGAUAGUAUUCAUAUCGAUAUGCAAUCGCCUGAACUCGGUCAGACGAUUUACUAUGAACCAGUCACUAACAGCGACCUAUGCGACUCAUGGGAUGAUAUCAGGGCCCUCGUGAAUCAGAUGCUCGAGGCUUUCACGGCAACAAGACGUUCAAUGGUCACUAUUGGGUUAUUUCAGUAUGGGUCGAGGCGGGGGGGGAGCCCAAUUACGAUUUACAUCGCAGUCGACUACAGCUCCGACGAGACGGGGUGGCUUGAGGUCAUUGCCGAUAUUAAAGCCAACAUAAAAAAACAUAAACAAGGUUGGACGGACGUCCAAGUCCAUAUUGAACACCAUGCCAGGACAAGCUAUUCUCCCGACGUAUUACCCCCAACAUACGCCAGGGAUAUUGUCCUUGAAGGGUUGCGGGAGAACAAGUGUUUUGUUGGCGACUACCAGCAGAUGGUAAAGCCAGGCGAAGACUUUGGGGCAGAAAGUUACACGCACAGCGACGGGUCUCAGAGAUCUGCUGGAUUCGGAACCCUAGGCUGCUUUGUUGAAAUCCAGAGAAAAAGCAGUCCAGCCUGGAAGAGGUAUGCCCUCACCAGCUAUCAUGCGGUUCGGCCUGCUCUACCAGGCUUUCGCCUCGAGAGCGUUGGUGACAAAUCAAGACCUAUGCCGCCUGAACCCGAUAGUGAUUGUUGGAAUGUCGAUUUAAAGGGAUAUGCUCCUGGUUAUAGCGCAAAUAUCCUACAUUUUGAGAGUCCAUCUAGGUCUAAGCACAACUUUACUAUUUGGUACAACAAAGAUCAAAUUACACUCCUGAAUCAACGACUUGAGGAAAUGGAGGCCAAAUUCCGGAACGGUGGCGACAGGUCUAACCAAGAAUCGAUCGACUCGCUACGGGCAAGGAUUCAGAUAGCCGAGGGCGAAAUGCAGAAGAAAAUCGACUUCUUUAACGACGGUAAACAAAUGCUUGGUACGCUGUUUGCCGCUUCUGGCUACAUGCGCAGGGUCUCCGUUCAUCAGGAUAACUCAGUUGAUGAGCACAAGAUGAGACUCGAUUGGGCUUUGAUUGAUGUAGUCGAGCAUCGACAAGGACCCAAUUGCCUACCACCGUUAUCAGCUUGGGAAGAGAAGUACCAUUCUGCAGCUCACCCAGACCUAACAUACGGAGAACUUCUUAAAGACACCCAGUCUGUUGACCCUGAUAACUCGCCUGUUUGGAAAGUCGGCGCCGCCAACGGCCCUGCAAUUGGGACAUACCAUCGGAAUAGAAUCGCCUGUGCGAUGGUGGAAGACAGUCACUUGAGAAGCGAGGACCACGAAACCUCCGAGUAUAUCUACCAACCAGGCAACCACUACAGGCGAUUGACGUAUUGUGCGAAAGGCGAUUCGGGAUCGAUUGUUUUCAAUAAGCACGGAAAGGUUAUUGGGCUGUACUCUACAGGAAUCAAGAUCCGGAUGUCCCUUGAUAACGAGGAGUUCGGGAUAGUGACUCCUAUUGAGCAUAUUUUCCAGGAUAUCAAGGACUUUUUAGGAGAUGUUACGGACAUCCGAGUAGCCAUAGACUAA